AUGUCGAUACUGCGGGAAGAGGGGAACAUCGGUACGGACAACAUCGGCCACACAGGGCGGCACCAGAGCGCGCGUGACGGGCUGGGCAGCGGUUGGAAGCGCUGCUGCUGGCAAAGGAGGUGCUCGCACACGGGCAAGCCCCCGAACCCGCUGCAGGACUUCGGGGUCGUCGCCGGGCUCUGGCUGCUCGUCGCCCUGUGCGGCAACCGCAUCAGGUCCUCGACCCUGCUCCCGUUCCUGUUCGAGGCUCAGUCGGAGGACCAGGGCCGGAAGGCCGUCGGGUGCCUGAACAAAAUGGCGCACUGCAUCCACGCCUGA